AUGGUCGUUGCGUCUACGAUGAAGCCUCGCUGUGAUUCGCCAAUUCCUCCCAUGUCGUCUAUUUGCACGUGCGAGAGUUGCAUUAACGACUACUUGUAUGUGUACGAGAGGAAGAAUGUGGCUGGCCUGUUGUCCCUUCCUGUUCUCUCCACGGAGGUCAGCAAGGAGGUUGGAGAGGAUUUUUACUUCUGGCUUCAGCAAAAGUAUGGUCCAUGUUUUUGUUUAAAUUACCGCGCCAUUUUAAGCAUUCACAUAGUCUGGAUUGGAACGUUUUACCGUCUGUUUGUUUACCCAACAAAUCUACGAUGGCGACUUCGACCCUACGAUUCGCCAUCCGAGGUGCCUUAUAGCAACUGCGUUUGGGGAGCAACCGAAUCAGCUAAAGUUCGAUUUACUUGCACAGAUUGUGGCAAGAUCUGGACGUCGAUAUCGGCUCUGGCAUCGUUCGCUUUGUGUCUGGAAUAUGAAGACGGUCAACAAAACUGGAGUCUGUGGUACUGCCUUCACGGCCAAACCUGCUCUAAUUGCGCACUCCUGAAAGCCGAACCGAAGCUUCACUACGGAACGUGGUACCCCCAUGAAGUGUUCAGAGUGCUGAAAAGUGUCCACAGCAAAAUCGAUAGGGAAAUUCUACGUCUACAAAGAUUCUCGACUCGUGUUACUGCGACCGGCACGUCAAACUACCGACAGGAGUCCACGAUUGUGUCUGUAACACAAAUUCUGAAGUCACCAAAGGUGCAACUCACGUUGGUAGAAAUGGCUGUCGACUUCAUGCGACAUUUUGAACAGUUCUAG